UCAUACAUUACAAAUGGCUGACAUUUAUCACGACUUGAGAUAAUGUGAAAGAAAUUUAUCUACUAGACCACAGAAAAGAGUUUGAAUCAACAACAAUGGACCAGGUACCAGAUACAGCCCAGCACUUUAUUGAAUGUGACACAGAAUCAUGUAGGAACUUUUCUGAGUUUUACUGUAAUACCUGUCAUCAGCGAAUAUGUGACCAUUGUAGAGAGACUCAUUUAAAGGAAAAAAAAGAACAUGAGAUUGUGAGAUAUCAGGAGAGAGAGAGAAAACUUCCAUUUGAAAAAUGCAGGAUCCACCCCACAAAAGAAUUAAAUGUCUUCUGUGAUGAUUGUUAUGAUCCUCUUUGCUCUAGAUGUUUUGCCCAUCAUCACAGUGAUCAUGAUAACCGUCACCUCAAAAUCAUUUUCAAUGACAUUCUACUGCAAUGUCAGAAGGAAAUAACUGAGAUCUGGGAAACUGUCAUUCCUAAAGCUAAAGAUAAUGUUGAAUUACUUGCAGGAGAAAAAGAAAGCAUUAAGAGUAAAAUUCCAAAGAUAAGACUUUCCAUGAAGAAGAGAGCAGAUGAACUGAAGAAGGCUGUUGACAGUGUACUAACUGAUAAUAAUAAAAAACUGGAUGAGAUUGAAAACUCUGUACUAAAUGAUAUGGCGAAAGAACAGAAGGAGUUAGAGGACUACAUAAAGUACCUGGAAAAAUUGAUUGAAGACUAUGAGAGUAAAAUGUCUUCAAUAAAACCCACUGAACUUAUGAAGUUCCAUUUAGACAUUUCAUUGGCUACCCUUAAGAUGCCUAGCAAAUCUGAACCCAAAUUUCCAACUUUUACAUUAAGUACACUAAAUAAACAAGAAAUAGCCAAACAGUUUGAUAAAAUAGAAUUAGAUUUAUUAGAAAGGUUUAAACUUUCUUCUGUCACAAAACUAAGUGAAAAAACUAUACACGACAAAGGAAUGUUUCAUUUGUCUCUCUUACCCCCAAACAAAUUUUGGGCCAGUCAAAGGUGGGAGAAUCUUAUUCAGUAUGAUAUGGAGGGAAACAUUUUACAGAAAAUACAUACCAGUAUGUUGAAGAUCCAAUCUAACCACACAGUCACAACAGAGGGAGAACUACUUUACACAGAUUUCAAUAAAAACACUGUAUACAGAGUAACUAGUGACAUGUCUACUAACACACUAAUUGAAUCAGGGAGGUGGAGACCUGAAGCCAUCUACUCCUCUCCUAUAAAUGGACACAUAUUGGUCGGGAUGGAGAGAAACAGAGGACAAAAUAAAAUAACCAGAUACAACAGAGAAGGAAGGAAGUUACAGGACAUACAGUGGGAUGAUAAAGGUCACAGACUCUACAAAAGUGUUAACUAUAUUACGGAGAACAUCAAUGGUGACAUCUGCACAUCUGACUGGGAAGACCUUAAAGUUGUGGUGGUGACAGCAUCAGGAACGUAUCGCUUCUCUUACUCUGGUCACCAAUCUCAGUCUGGAUUCCUUCCAUUUGGAAUCUGUACAGAUGUUCUGGGAAACAUUUUGGUGUGUAAUGGCUACUUUACAAAUAAUGAAAACUGCACUAGUAUCCACCUGCUUGACAUGAAUGGUCAGUUCUUGUCUCUCCUCCUCACACCAGAACAAUGUCCUCCAUCUCCUCAUGCUCUCUGUAUUGAUGAACAACACAACCUCUGGGUCGGGGGAAGAGACAGUUCUACUGUCUCUAUAUACAAGUAUUUACAGAAUACAGAAGAAUGAUAUCUUAUUUACUGUAUUAUGUUUAUGCUUAAUCAGUUUGUGUAACAUAUAACCUCUCCUAGUUAGACAUAAGAGUUAAAUUCAUAUGUGUUAACUUAAUGGAGAAAUGAACA